AUGGCGUCACGUCGGCUCGACAACCUGUCGCACGAGACCGCGCACUCUGCUGCGACCGAGAAUCAAACAGUUCGGACCGCCGAUUUCCUCUGGAUAGAUUAUCAAGAAGGUAACUCACAAGACCGAGAAUUGACGCGAUCAAAACAUGCCUUUAUAAGGACCAGACAUCAUCGGCUGCGAAAGGACACCCAGAUGCAGCAUUUUCGCGCAUCCGUCCAAGCCCGGCCCGUCGAUCACCCAUCCCCCUCGUCUACCAACAAUCUGAUUCAAAAGCAACCUCAGGGAAAUGUCGGUAAUGAUGGGAACGAUGAAGUCUCGCGAGCCUCUUUACAGAUCUACGGUCUCGAGGCAGGAGUCCUUGACGGCUUUCCUAGCUUGGCAUCGGGCACCCGCCAAAAUCCUAAUAUUUAUUUUCAUCAUUACCGUGUUCACAGCGCAAAGUCUUGCUUCCCUCUCUGCUCGAAGGACGUCACUGUUUGGUUCUGGAAAAAAGCCCUGGAUGACCCCGCGUUGAUGCAAAUCAAGCUUUCCAUUAGCGCAUCUCAUCGAGCAGCUAUUCUGGGAAGCUAUGGCUCUUCGGCAGCAAGUGCGCAAAAACACACACAGGAUGCGCUUCGCUUGCGGGUUGGGACCAUCAAGUCUCUUCGGUCAAUCUUGCACAGCACGUCAAAAAUAUAUACUGAGUCAACUAUCUUCAUUAUCGCUCACUUGAUCGUUUCAGAGGCGAUCGAAGCCAACAUUGCAGCUGUUAACGCGCACAUGAAUGGCAUGAAAAAAAUAAUCGCCGCCACGGGCGGAUUGGACCUUCUCGACCAUGGAACACUUGCUUUGAUUUAUAGCUGUGAAAUCCUGAGGGGAAUGAUUGGAACCACACCACCUGCAGUUCGAAUGUGCGCCAAGUUUGAAGACCGGAUCAUCAAGGAGUCACUUUCAUACAAAUUGAACGAGCUUCCCACGAGGCGAUCAACGGUUGGAUUGCAUUUCUUUGAUGCCUCGUGGUCGAAACAUAUACAAUCAAAGUUCAAGCCGAUCAUCCAGUCAUUUCAAAGCCUCAUCACGUUCUAUGAAAACUUGGAUAUUGUUCAGCUCGAGCCAAUGUCUGUUGAAAACGAUCAUCUGCUAUUUCUGGGCUAUCAGCUGUUAUCAUUACCUUAUCUAUGCUCACUCACUCCUUUCGAAGAGACCAUACGCCUCUCGAUCUUUGUCUAUGCUUCAUGCAGAAUAUGGUCCUUCUAUGGAACCUCUUGCUUGGAAGUUCUAGUCGAGACUCUCCGAGAAAGCAUUUCCACGAGCUUUGUGGUCCUUGAGAGUGUUGCAUCUGAUCUACUGUUCUGGAUCUUGUUCAUAGGUAGUCUCGCUUCCAAGGGAAUGAAGUGCCACUCGUGGUAUCUAGGACUUCUUACUGAUCUUGCAGAUAAAUUGUUUCUGGAGGGCUGGGACAGCGUGGUCUCGAUAUUGGAGAGAUAUUUCUUCAGAUUUCGCUCCGAAGAUGAUCCAGCGAAGGAAAUCUGGAACUCUGCAUUUUGA